UUACUUUAUUUUUCAAAACAUAGGGCGUUUGUUAUAGAGUUCGGGAAAGCAAAAUGGUUUCUCGUAUUUUCAUUCGGUUAAUUUUUACCCUCACUUAUCUGACGAUUCAAACGACAAAAAGCGAAGACACCGAGCAACUCGUGAACCUUAAACAGCGGGUCGGAAACUUCAGCGAGCUUCUCAACCAGAAACUGGAACCGCAAAUCCGGCUCGAACUCAGCAUGGAAAACAUCAACUGGAAAAUUGUCAGCCUCGAGGAUAUCAUUUUGACGAAGUUGCAGAAUGCCGAAACUAGAAUCAUGGGCUACAUGAACAGUUUCCAAAACCGACUUAACUUCAUUUGCUGGACUUACGAAGAGGGUUUUGUACCUCUGGACUCGAAAAAGAAAAUAAAAAUGCCAGACUUCAUCAAUGGAUCGUGGCUCUCGCCAGUGGAAAACAACUCGGGCAUCAUUCUCCAUUACAGCCCGGAGUACUCAAAAAAACUAUGAAAGUUAGUUUAGCAGACAUUUUUGAUUUCGCGUCCGAAGAGGAUCGGGAAGAGUUCAUUGAAAAACUGCUAUCGGAUCCAGAAAACAAAACCAUCGCAAAGAAAGCAUUCGCCAAUAUUGGCCUAUAUGCAUAUGAGCAUGUUGUCAGGAUCUCAUUCAAAACUCAAAAAGAAAACGUUUACUUCGGCAAAAUCCCGGUUGCGUUUGCGUAUUGGACCAAACUUGCCAUUUCUGCAGAGGACAAUAGCGUGUUUAACGACGAAAUUAUAUACGACGUAAAAACUUUGUUGUACAGUCUCCUGCCAGGUGAAAAAGUGCCUCGAGAAUUUAAUACUCCUCUCGAAAUAAGCCCAGAUAAUUUCAACAUUGCAAAUUGGCCUUACUGUCCGAAAAAAAUACUGUGGGUUGGUGCAACGCAAGAAGAACUGUCUCGGUCAAUUUUGGAUGCUCUUGAAGUGAUUUCUGAAGACAGUGCAGUUUGUUUUUCAUCAGAUGGACGCGAUGCUUUGAAAACAGACACUUUACUUUUCCAAAAUCUAAUAAGUUCACUUUAUCUGGCCAAGCAAUUCAUCAACAAGAAUUUCGAUAUCGGUAAUAUAACGAAACCCGAACUUGACUCGGAGAUCUUCGCGGAAUAUUUGAUAACCUUUGGGGGCGUGAGCUACAUAAGCGAUGUUGAUAUUUCAACCACGUCGUGGUGGCACAAUAAUAAAGACCCAAAAAGCAGUGGACUUUAUCAACGCGCAAUGAUGCUGUGGGAAACAGCGCAAGAGUCAAAUAAAAACACCAAGUUCGAGUUCACUUUUGUAACGCGACUUCAACUAAUUUCUUACGAAGGCCUGACCGAAGUGCAUGCUGAUAGUUUAUUCGCGACAAAAUGUGCAGAAAUAAACAAUGAUUAUGAGGACAUUUCAGGCUUUGGUAAUUUGACGGAUCCAAUUUUCCUGAACAAAAUUCUGUUCCACAGCAACGAAGAUGAAACCAGAAAAGCUCCUUAUGCAAUCCAAGGUCAAAUUAUGGGCAGAGGUCAAUUUAUUGAGAGAUUUGUCCCGCAGUCGGACAUUUUUUCAAGCUAUGAACAAGUUUUUGUCCUGGACGAAGGAGCUUAUAUCGUCGCAUUCAAUUUACCGGACAAUGACAAGUCAAAGGACACAAUCCAAGUGGGGGAUCACUUUUCAAAAAGCAACGGUUGUUUGCUAGCUGAUUUGGUGAAACAUAAAAUAUACAAGAAACACAGAAAUGUGAACAACUACUGCUCGUGUAUCAUGAUCGAAGAAGAUGAAGAGAAAUCUCCUUCUCGCAGGCCGACGAGCAUGUUCACUUUAGCUGAAUUGGUGAAAAAAUUGUUCUCAUUGUGUACCGGAUGUCUCGCUGCUUUCAGCUCGUCUUUUUGGCACCAUCUAACCCACUCUCUAUUCUACCCUCACCUACCCAGAGCGCAGGAGUACAUCAGUCCCUCAAUGACCCCCACGCCCUGCUCUUUCGCAUUCAACAAGUACUACUUCAACAGACUACCGACGCCAGAUGACAACUACACUCCCGAGGGAACUUUUGAGUCCAGCUACCGUACUUGUGGUCCAAUGAAUUGCUAUUGUGAGGCGAAACGCAUCUACAAAGUAAUCAAUAUCCCGAAUACGAAUCUUCUUCUCGUUUCGGCCAGCUCACUUCCCUGUCGAAAAUGUGAGAAAGAAAAAGCUUUCAAGGAAUUGGUGUCCCACACGCCUAUUGAGAAAGUCAGAUACCAGCUGUGCGACUAUGAAGACAUAGCACUUAAGAAGAGACCAGACGGAGACUGGAAAUGCCCCAAAAUACCCCAGCAAGAAGAUCAUUGUCUAUCCGGAUUUGUACAAGGCUCCAUGUUAUUAAUAAUAACCAACUUGCUAUUAGCAUUCUUACUCAUCAAUUAGACGGCAAAAAGUGUCAUCGACAGCAGAAUUGCCAUAAAAGUUGCCUUAUUUUAUAACUUUGAUCAUGCACUUUUUGUAGACGCUUCUAUUUUUCUAGUUGAC